AUGUCCCUGCAGAGGGCCCUGAGGACGCACGUAGUGGGCCUGUUGGGCAACACCCUGGUCAUCAUAUUCGUGAUCCUGUGCGAUGCCAAGGUGAAGACGGCCACCAACAUCUACCUGCUCAACCUGGCCAUCACGGACGAGCUGUGUAUGCUAAGCGUGCUGUUCGUGGCCUCAUCAGCUGCCCUGCACCACUGGCCCUUUGGGUCAGUGCUGUGCUGUGCGGUGCUCAGUGUUGAUGGCCUCAACAUGUUCACCAGCGUCUUCUGCCUAAUGGUGCUCAGCGUGGACCGCUAUGUCGCCGUGGUGCACCCAUUGUGCGCCGCCACCUGCCGGAGGCCCCGCAUGGCCAAGCUCAUUAACCUGGGCAUGUGGCUGGCCUCCUUGCUGGUCACCCUGCCCCUUGCCAUCUUCGCCAACACCAGGCCAGCGUGGGGUGGCCAGGCCAUGGCCUGCAAUUUGCACUGGCCGCACCCGGCCUGGUCUGCAGCCUUCGUGGUCUAUAUGUUCCUACUGGGCUUCCUGCUGCCUGUUCUGGAUGGCCUGUGCUACCUGUUUAUUGUGGGCAAGAUGUGGGCGGUGGCCUUGAGGGCCAACUGGCAGCAGUGGAGGCACUUGGAGAAGAAGAUCACGAGGCUGGUGUUGACAGUGGUCUCCAUCUUUGUGCUCUGCUGGAUGCCUUUCUACAUGGUGCAGCUGCUGAACCUGUUUGUGACCAGCCUUGAUGCCACUGUCAACCACGUGUCCCUCAUCCUUGGCUACGCUAACAGCUGCGUCAACCCCAUCCUCUACAGCUUCCUCUCCGACAAUUUCCACUGCUCCUUCCAGCAUGUUCUGUGCCUGCGCUGCUGCCUGCUGGGUGCAGCUGGCUGGGCAGAGGAAGAGCCCCUGGACUACUACGCCACGGCUCUCAAGAGCAGAGGCGCGGCAAGAUGCAUAUGCCCACCGCUCCCCUGCCAGCAGAAGACAGUGCAACCGGAAGCCACCUGCAAUCACGUACCCCUCACUGGGACCACCACCUUCUGA